AUGGGGCGCCAGAUCUCGGCACGUGACUUGCAACUUAUAGCUGCUUGGUGCCCAGACAUGAUCAAGUUAUUCCAGAGCCGAUUGGCAGUGAAAGUUCUGCUAAAAAUGCAUUGGAUGAAUACUGUGUGUUUGGAGGGCGUUGGCGGUAUGCCGGCUGCGCUCCAACAAGCCACCUCUACUUCUGGGAAGUCAUUUGCUGAAUCCACACACAUCCAAGAGCUGGCAUCGGAUAGCCAGCUCUUUGCAUGCAGUGGCGAUGCUGUAUGCAUCGGUGCUGCCACAAGCCCCUACUACUUCUGGGAUCCAGCAGGCUCUCCGGCGCCAACACACAGCUACCAGACGUACAUGCCGGAGGUGAUGGGUGGUUGCGUGGCGAGACAGUGUACGUCACACGAGGUUUGCGCCUCAGAGUUUGCUUCGAGAAGCGUUGGCAUCAUCGACUAUAUGGUCAUGUGUUGCUUGGUCACGAGUCUUUGUGCAUUUCUUUGGCAAAUUGUGCCAAUUGUGACAAUGCCCAUUAUGGCAUAUGAGCGAGUGCAGCGUUUUGCACGGAAAGCCAUGACACCUUUUUUCUGGUCCUCUCUGUUUUUUAGAACCAACAGCAAGAAGUGGAUUUUGCCGGCACGUUUUGUUGGCAGAAUGCGUGAGAGCACUACUCUUGAUGACGCAUACCAGAUGUCAAUGCAGGCCAAAGCCCUUGGAUUGGUGGAGAAAGGUACAAAAGGGAGACUCGCUAUCCGUUUUAGGGAUGAGAAAUCGCUGCAGGAGUUUGCCACUAGCAAUCAACUGGUUUACGACAAUUCUCAGCAGCGUUGGAAGGUCACUGGCAUUCCACUGCAGGCAGGAAUUCAGGGUCUUCAUCAACUUUUGGCCUCCCUGGGAUGGGAGGUUUUGGAAAUCAUUUACCAAGGAGAGGAUUCGGCAGUUUCUACAAGCAAGAACAGGGGGAAGGAUGCGCCAGUGCACUUUCGGUAUUUGGAUCAACCACGAGCAGUACGGUUUAAGGCCAUCAACCUUGCAGCACGAAAAGAGGCUGAAAGCACAGCAAAAGCUUCUAGAACCCCCAAACAGGAAGUCAAUGAGAGGGCCAAGGCUCAACAGGCUUUUCUUAAGACAGCAUGGAGACGUCUUACAGAGUACCCGCCUGAAGGGUUUGCUGACACGGACACGGUUUGGUGUCGUCAACUUGCAAAAGCUUUGCGACAGGUUGAAGAGUUGGUCAGAAUGCAAGUUUGGGGACUGACAGUUCGAUCUUAUGCUGAUGAUUUGAGCUCCGUUGUGGUGGGGCGUUCUCCAGAAGAAGCAAAGAACAAAUUAAGAUCGGUGCAUGCAGUAAUGCGAAGCUAUGUUGCGGCAGGGUGCGGUGAAUUGAAUGACAAGAAGUGCUUUACGUUUGGCAAUGCCUUUGCCAAGGGCAUUCUCAAUCCUUCAUUUCAGUUGCGCACACUGUCACAGUCUGCAGUUUUGGGUGAGUUGAUUUAUAAGCUGAUCAAUGGUGAUUUUAAUGAAGAUGAGUGGUUGCAUAUGUUACGGGAGGUGUGGAGUUUGGCUGCUGCAUGCGUCAUUACUCCUACAAGAACCAACUUCUGGGAUCCAGCAGGCUCUGUGGCAUCAAGACCGAACUACUUUGAGCACAUUCCACAGGCCUGGCUCUUGUUGGCUAUUCUCUACCUGAUUUGUGGUAGCAGCGCUUUGUCUUGUUCAUUUUCAACCUGGUCUCUCUCUGCAAAACAGCGCAACAAAGCUCUACAUGCUCUACAUGGAAAUGGUGGUGGCGCUGGAGCCAAGGGAAAAGGAAGGAGCCGCUCUAAAGGUGCAGGGGGCAAAGCUCCUUCGGCAACCAUGACCCCAGAGAUCUCAGACGCUGAUAUUGCCAGUCAAGUUCGAGACUCACUCCCAGAAGCAGCUCAUUUGAGAGCACAAUCUCGCCUGAUUGAGGAUGAAUGGAACGUUGCCGUGUUGGAUCAUCAAGCACUUUCUCGACAGGGCGGGGUUGCCAUAGCCCCAAAAUUUGCUAUUCCAGGUAUAGUACAACGUAUUGGGUACACAGCCGCACCAGUUGCCUUGGUUGUGACUGAACCACCGGAAGCUUUAGGGCUACGCGGAUAUCCGCGGGAGCGGAUUACUUGCACAAUUUCGUAUGUCAACGAUCACGGGCAAAGAGACACCACUCGAGUGCAGAAGUUUUUGGUGCAAAUAGGCUUCGGCCCACCGGUGUGCCAACUAUUUCAUGGCCAAAGAGUACAAAUCAUGACAACCAUGAGACCUAUGAUCGCCAAAUUUCCUUCACGUCAUCAUUGGGCCACUGGCCAGAUUCCAGCUUCGACUGUUGCCAAUGAAGUUUCGCAGCACAUUCCCACCCAAGCCAUUGACGAUAUCAUUUGUCGUGAAACACAAGGUGCUUCACUUUUGGUGCACAUUGAUUACAUAGAUGCCUUGUUGUGUGCAUCCGGAGUUAAUGGUGCUUUCUACAAGCUCAAACUUUCAGCUGAGGAGUCACCCAUGGAAUUGCUUUGGCUUCCUGAGGAAUUUGAUUUAGAGAAAGCUUUGACACUCGCAAAAAAUGACAACGCUUUCGGUGUCAUUGAAAAAGGCAAAGAGACCGCUUCCCGAUUCGCAAUUCGUUUCAAAUCCCUCGCGCUCACGUUGCCAUGGGAAUUCACGGCAGUUUGGCAUUUCUCACUGAACAAGGCGACGCUGAACAACAGCAUAAAGCGACUUGUCACAAAGGUAUCGGCUGAGCCAGUGGCGCAAAUGAGGAUCUCGGCGGUAUGCCGAGGUGCUCUGACAAGCCACUACUACUUCUGGGAUCCAGCAGGCUCUCCGGCACCAGCGAUCUCUACGUCAGCGAGCAUUCCGGAGGUGAAGACGUGGAGUGAGGCUGCAAAGCUUCGCACUCAGACUCAGCUGAUCGCAAGUGAAUGGAAUGUGCCAGCAAUUCCUUAUCAAAGCAUGGGCAAGCAUGACGGCGUGGCUUUGGUGCCAAAGAAGGCAUUGCCAAUGGUACUAGGCCAAGUUGGAUGGACAUCAUGCCGUGUGGCUGCUUUGGUGACAGAGGACCCAAUCCACUUGGGACUUCGGGGAUUCACUCGUGCACACGUUCGUUGCAGUGCUUCGGUGAUUGAUGAAAACAAUGAACGUGUCAUCAUAACCAUCACACGGUGGUUAGUGCAGUUGGGCUAUGCUUUGCCUGUUGAACAACUGAUGGCAGGAGAACAAGUCAACAUGUAUGUUACCAUGCGUAAAUUCCAGAUUAGAUUGCCGCAAGAAUAUGGAUUUCCUUCGCCUCCUUUUCAAGCAGCUUUUGUGGUACAACAGCUAGCAAAGUGGGUUCCAACAGAAGCUAUUGCAGAUGUGGUCUGUCGUGUCAAUGACACAGCCACUUUCAUGGUUCAUUCUGACUAUGUGCAGACACUUUUGGAGGCUUCCGGCCGUGAAGGCAUGUUCAUGAAAGACAAAGAUGGACCCACGGACUAUUUUCUGCUCUACCUCGACGAAGAGUUCUCUCUCGAGGAAGCGGUCAAGCUCGCCGAGGCAGACACAGUUUGUGGUGUUUGCCGUAAAGGAGUUGGAACCAGACCUCGUUUUGCGCUGCGCUUCGCCAAGGAGAGUGACCUGAGAAUGUUUGCACAGGACAAUCACCUUUUGGACACAUCUUCUCAUGCAAAAUGGAAAGUACAGGGAAUUUCACCAGUCAUUGGCACUUGUGGACUUCUAGCUUUCUUGACGGAACGUGGAUUUGAAAACAUCGAUAUUCUUUAUCAAAAGGACUUGUGUGCGACCUUCUCAGCAGAAGUUUCUGGAAACAUCAAUGAUUCAUAUUGUAUCACUGGAGGAACGCGUUUCCAAUUGCGUUUCAAAGCCACCAAUAAGGUUGCCCAGGACCAUGCAAAAACAAAAUCGCAAAGUUCUCAGGCUGCAAAGCGUCAAGGCGCACCUACACAGUCUGCCCGAAGUGCCGCUCAGCAGCUCUUCUACCAACAGCAUACGAUCAAACAGCAAUCGCAGAAUAUCAGUGCUGAUCCCAAGAAUGCUCCAAAAAGGAUUCAGCAAACCAAAACUGGUUUGACGCCGGAAAGAAAACAGCAGAAAGGUACUUCACUGGUGGUCUACGGCAUUUACGGAGUCUCAGGUAGAAAGCUGUGGAAAGCUCACUGUCAGAUACAGGAAAUCACGGUUGCUGCUCAUGGUACACGUCGGGGCCGAACAAUCAACAACCUGUGGCAUGUCAUGCCUUGGCUGCCACCUCAUCUUGUCGAACGUUUCGAACAAUCACUCAAUUCUUCCAACUUUGACCAAGUUGCUGCCACGCUGAAGCUCGCUUUGGAAGCGAAUGAUCGAGAAGAUCGUCAGCAGCGCAUCACUGAAUGGAAACGUUCACUGCGAAAGGAUUUGUCCGCAAGUUAUCAACACUUAAGGCGAAAAGCAGCCAGUGCACCUGUACAGGUCUCCGCAGUACAGGGUAAAGCCACCGCAAACAUCGCAGAUCGCCUCAGUAGCAUUGAAGAAGUGUGGGGUGAAGCUUGCACUGCAAGGAGGGAUCGAGCGGCAUGCUCGAUCGCUUUGGCAAGCCCCUACUACUUCUGGGAUCCAGCAGGCUCCGGCAUCUUUGCCUAUGUCGACUGUGUGCAUUCCGGAGGAAAGAAACGCAACAAGUACAUGCAUUGCAUGAACGGCAACGGACCUGGCAAAGGAAAGAAGGGCAAAGGCCGCUCUUCUACCAAAGGCAGUCAGGGCGGAGUGUUUUACAAAAUGAAGAAGCAGGAGCAGAUUGACGAUUCAGAUAUGCCAAUUUGUGGUUAG